UUGAGUUUUUGAAAGCUUAAAAAUGAACGAAUGUGGGCAUUGUUCGGUGAAAGUUGGCGAGGAGUCGGCUAUUCUGACUAAUGGAAAAGUCUGGCACGUAAACCAUCUGCUGUGCGACUUGUGCAACUGCCGUAUCAAUGACGGGGAGAGAUGUGUUCCACAGAAUGGAGUGAUCCUGUGCUCCGAGUGCCAUAUUAAGACGACUCGUCCCAUUUGUAAAGGUUGUGGCGAGUUCAUCAAGACCAACUUGUGUGAGGCGUUGAAUUCUACGUGGCAUCCCACUUGCUUCCAAUGUUCUGUGUGCCAGAAGCCAUUAGAAGUAGAUUUUCAUCAACUUCCGAAUCGAAUGUGUGUUCAUUCCGAUUGUUUCUGGGAUCUUCAACUUCGGAUGAUUGUUUGCAAAGAUCUGCCCAAGUGAAUCCAGACUGUUCACGGAGUCCAAGAAAAAUAUCAGUUGUAGAAAUUUAUGUUUUAGUUUUGUAUUGAAAUAAAUGAAUUUUCACUUU